AUGGGCCUCGUACCGGAGGGUUCCAUUUCAAGUUAUGUGGAAGCUGAUUCAACGUUACUUUGGCCUGUCCCCAACCACUGGGGCUUAGAAGAGGCUGCGACUGUAAUACUUCCAUAUGUUCAUGCUUAUUAUUGCAUACUGAAGGACGAAAAUAUAGGCUGCAUCAACGCUGAAGCUUAUCACCAAGUUGUAUUAGAAAACACAGAUAAUAACCUUUGUGAUAUUGUCUUUAAUUCUGCAAGCGGAGCUCUUCGUGAGACUUUUUUUAAAUUUGUCGGUCAAUGUGGAGUGUUUCUUGAUGUCAACAAGCACGAUGUUUUUAUGAAUUCUGAUUACAAUUUUGGUAACAAUUCAGUUACAUCCUUGAGCAUCAGUGCGGCAUUGAAUGGGCUAGAACUGGGUAUAGAAUACGGUUACACCAAAGUUUUAGCAAUUAACAAAAAAGAAAAAAGGCGGGACAAGAAAUCCCAAGUCUUAAAUAAAGUCACGGACAUUCUAGGUGUAAAAGAUUUAGAUCAAAUCGAUGGAAAAGUUGCUUUGGGCGAAAUAAUUACCAACAUAAAUAUUUUAGAAGAGAUUAGAACACUCGUCAAGAAUGAAUUUCGAUUAAACCAUACACUACAAUGCUUAGAAAAAAUUUCGUUAGAAAGUUUGAAAAACACAAUACGUAAUGCUCGUAACAUUACAAAGCAAAAAUUUGGAGACGGCAUCGCAGCCUUCAUCUCAACCAUUGAAGAUGAAAUCGACGUAACCACUACUGAUUACUUUCGGACAAUGCCAACAUUAAUGUCUCGUAACUUGGAGGUAUCGUAUAGU